AUGAUGAUACUCCGGCCGAGUCCUGGCGCUCCGGUGAUAGUUGUCAGUGCACUGAUCUGCAGCAUCACAACGGAAAUUGUCUUGAUUGGAGACCGCUACGUGUCAGGUUACGAUGCGAGCCACCCCGAGCUGUGUCCAGGUCGCGGUUCCCAGCUGCAGUUAAUGAUGAUUAAGAGAACUAUAUGGGGAGAUUUGCGCAGUAACGAUGCUCCAGUUCGUGAUGAUGAAUCGAAGUAUUAUGUGACGGCCGACCAAUAUCCUGACCUGGUGUUCCCUGACUAUGUGACAGGUCCAGCGUAUAUGAUGACCACUGAUGUCAAGAGACGAUUCUUCGCUGCCGCUGUCAAGGAGCGUUACAUGAAGCUUGAAGAUGUAUUAAUCACUGGUGUUUUAGCGAAACAGGUUAAUGUAGAACGUGUUAACGCCUGGAAGUUUUAUAAUAAAAGAUACGAUGGUGAUUGGUGCGAGAUGAAGAAAUUUAUAUCAGUGCAUGGCAUUACGAGCACUGAGCUGCUUCAAAUAUGGAAGCAAAUAAAAACGCAUGAAUGUUAG